CCCCCCCCCCCCCCGCCUUCGCUGCCAGCCAUCUUGACCACCCAUCCUCCACGGUCGCACACCUACAACCCCAAGUUCAGCCACAUACGUAUCCACCCACCAUGGGCUCCGUAGUCCUCCCCCACCUGCGCACAGGCUGGCACGUCGACCAAGCGAUCCUCAGCGAAGAAGACCGGCUCGUCCUCAUCCGCUUCGGCCGCGACUCGGACCCGGACUGCAUGCAACAAGACGAAGUGCUCUACAAGAUCGCCGACCGAGUUAAAAACUUCUGCGCCAUCUACCUGUGCGACCUCGACGAAGUCCCCGAUUUCAAAGCCAUGUACGAGCUCUACGACCCGUGUACCGUCAUGUUCUUCUUCCGCAACAAACACAUGAUGUGUGAUUUCGGAACCGGAAACAACAAUAAGCUGAAUUGGGUUCUGGAGGAUAAGCAGGAGUUUAUUGAUAUUAUUGAGACGGUUUAUCGGGGCGCGAAGAAGGGCAGGGGUUUGGUGGUUAGUCCAAAGGAUUAUUCUACUAGGUACAGGUAUUGAGGGGGAGCUUGGGAUGGGGGCAUUAGGUUGACUUUAUGGCGUAUUUGGGAUUUGGACACAAGUGGGAGAUUGAUACCAGUAUGGAAGAGAUUGGGCGCGGUUCCUGCUUCGAGGCCAGGAGACAUGGAGGAAGUAUGUGCUUAGGAAGUCGUAACGCUGCGAGUAUGAAGACAUUAUUUGAUACGUAGACAAGGUCCUGGUUAUUCGGCCAUUAUGAUGCGCACCGCAAACGCUUAAUGACAUCGCA